GACUCUGUGUCUAGGUAUUCUUUAGACAGCCAAUAUACAAAGUACAGUACGGAGCACAGUCAAUAGAUGAAUAACCGACCAUAAUAUCUACCUCCUUCAAGAGGAAUAAUUCCCCACAAACCAACCUAAAAUGACCAAACCCGGCAUCUCAUUCCUCAACGAUAACAAUAACCAUGGCAAAUACCCUCGAGCACCAGCAAACAUCUACUACGCAAUCCCCUACUACCACCACUUCUUCGUCCUAUACGCCUUAAUCGGGUCGUUCGCCUGCGCCUGGUACAGCGACUACCUAUCCUCAACAACAACAGCUCUCCUCUGGACCGCCUACGCCACAUUCAUCCUGGCACUUAUCAUAGCGAAUCCGGAGAUUUGCACCGAGCGGAAGAAGAUAGAUGAGCAGGGCAAGGAGGUCAUUCUGCGGUGUCCGCUUGUUGGGUUUAAAUCGUGUGAGGUGGCGCUGGACUUGGAGGGGAUUAAGAAGGGAUUGUAUGAUGCUGUGAAUGGGAGGGUUGAUACUAGGCUUCAUGAUGGGUAUCGGUAUGGGCGGGCUUUGAUUCGCAUAUAGGUUUGUAGUGGGGGUUUGGUGUGAGGGUGGUGUUGUGAGUUGCUCUUUAAUGGGAUCAUUAGAUCAACUUGAAUAUUUCACGAUGAAAGGCGACAUAAUAGAGUCACCCCGUUCACCCACUUGUGAAGGGAAACAGAUGAUAGAUCCAUGGUGUGCUGGUUUAUCUUCUCAUAAGCUCUUCGGUAACCAGAAGGCAAGAUCGAAUACUCGGCUCGAAGCAGAACAGUCUCAUCAAAACUAAGUAUUAUUUUGAUUCUCGCUUACUCCUCUAGGUCAGCUCCAAGAACACAUUAAGGAAUACGUCUCAAGCAAGUCUUCUGACAGACAUCUCUGCCCUUCGCCGGUCAAUUGA